GAAAACUUUCCCAGCCUUAUUUAACCUGUCAGGCGUCACAAAGGUGUCAUCAGUCAUUCCCACAGGGUGUGAGAGGGUUUCUGAGCUGCAGGAGCCGGAACCGCCGCCUCAGCCAUGGCCGAAUCCCAGCUCAUGUGCAUGGAAGACGGCCACAUAGGAGUCAAAGUCCCGGAGACCAAACCGGAGUUCUACUACAGCGAGGAGCAGCGCGCUGCCAUCGAGGAGCUGCUGAAGAACGGCGACGGCGCCUUCAAGAUGAGACUCAAAGAGGACAACAUGAAGGACUUUUUAUCGGCCAGAGAAGUCAAACUGUUGCUGAGCACCUUCAAACAGUACGACUCGGGGGAUGACAGCAGCAGCAAAGCGCCGCCGGCCGGGUCGGAGCCGGUAGCCGGCGGCACGGACGCGGAUUCAGGGGUCCAUUCUACCUAUUGGCCCCAGAUGUCGGACACCGAGGUGCCGCCGCUGGACAUCGGCUGGCCCAGCGGGGGGUUGUUCAAAGGGGUGACCCGGGUGGCCGUGCACACACACCCGCCCAAAGGAAACGGACCUCACAUCAAGGAGGUGGUGAGGCGCCUCAUCCAGGAGGCCACUAAGGUGAUAGCGAUAGUAAUGGAUAUGCUCACAGACGUCCAGAUCCUGCAGGACCUGAUGGAUGCGGCCUGUCGUCGUGCCGUGCCCAUUUACAUCUUGCUGGAUAACCAAGGUGUGCCGCACUUCCUGGAUAUGUGCUCCAGGCUGCAGAUUGGCUCACAGCACCUUCGGAAAAUCCGAACCAGAACACUUGAGGGAAUUGGCUUCAGUUUGUCCUUCGGCAGACUGCCUGGUGCACUCUGUAAUAAGUACAUGCUGGUGGACGGUGACAAAGUCAUGUUUGGCUCGUACAGUUUCGCCUGGUGUGCAUCUCGUAUGGACCGGAACAUGAUCACCGUGAUGACGGGGCAGGUGGUUGACUUCUUUGACCAGGACUUCCGUGAGCUUUACGCCAUCUCUGAGAAGCUAAACCUCUACAAGGAGUUCCACGUCAGCCCACCUGCUGCCAACACAGCAAUACGCUCCAAAGUGGGCUCCAUACGCCCACCUCUACCGGCAACAACUUCCCGCUUCCAGGUUAGCUUAGGGGAUUCGCGGAAAGUUAACAUCGAGAUACCUGCACACAAAUUCUACAACCCGAAAUACUCACUGGUAUUUGGGGACAUCCCACGUCCACCAGGGUCUCUGCAGGAGCGCGGACCCAAGAGAGGGUCAGCUCUGGCUGAGGUUCCUGAGGAAAUGGACCCAGGAAGGCCACAAGUGGCCAGCAGUGAGAGGGUGGAACGGCUGAGUCCGGUGUCCCCCGAACCCCUGAGUGACAGCUUCCAGAGGCCAAACGGACUCGAGCAGGACAAGAAGGGGCGACUCACAUGGAGGCAGAAAUUCUCUAGAGUGAAAAAGCCCAGUAAGCCUUCGGACAGCAACCAGGCUGACAGUGCUUGUCCUUCACCCACAGAAACCAAUAGGACGGAUGAGAACGAGGACAACUUUGAGGUGAUCGUGAAAUCUCCAUCCAAGUGGAAGGGUAAAAAGCCAGCUAAAGUGGGCAAGAGGACAGACUCUGAGCAAACCAUCAGCACUGUACAGGACGAUGACAGUGUUACGGGUCGACGUCAAGGGAAACAGGCAUGUAAAGUGUCCUGAGAUGAUCCAGUCAGUCUCUGACCACAGAAUAGAUUACAUUCGGAAAAUGGAUUCCAAAUUGACUCCCUCGACACUAAUGUUACUUUUAGUUGUACAUUAUUGUAAAUAUUUUAUCCAGUGCCUUCAAAAAGGACCAAAUGAACAUGCAGCUCUUGAGGCACUGAUACUUUCAGCUUUUCAAGGUUUGGUGCCAAAUUUAAAAUGCUGGGUCAGUAAUCAACAUGCUAGGUGAUAGCUGUUGCUCUUGUCGGGUGCAGAAAGGUUUAAUGAGAUAUUCGCCGGUGAUCAUUGCAACUUGAUUUCUUCUGGACGUUUUUUGGCUAUGUGGAUACACGGCUAAGUGCUUGUCUGGAGGACACUGAAUGUAAAGUUGGUGAAAUGCACUUUUAGUACACUAAACAUGUAAUAAGUCGACUUAAUUUUGCACACGAAUACAGUGCUCAGGUACAAGAGAAUUUAAAGGAAGCAUUUUUCUGAAGUUACACAUUUAUACACCCCUGCAGACAUCCAAAUGGUGAACCUCAGCUGCCCUUUCAAAACAAGAGUUCAGACCUGCAGGGUAGUGAUCGAAGUAGGGAAGACGCCCACUGACAAAACUAAAGCACAACCUUGUAAGGCCUUGUCUGAUCUCUCUGUUUGACUCUCCCAUCAAAUAAAACUGAACCAAAAGAAAGUUUUACGAUUAUCUCCCUGUUUCACCCUUGGUGGUGAGGUAUUGUAGGCCUUUCUAUGUAUACAGUACUGUACUACCUUCUUACUUUGUUGCAGUUGUCCUUUGCCAGUUUUUAAAGUUGUGACAUAUCUUCGUAAGUGUGUUCAAUAAAUUGUUUCCGACAACG